UCGUGUGCAUUCAGUUGUGUGCGUGUAUAGAAGUUAGUUACUUUUUACGUUGGAGGUUUGGAUUGAGUAGGUAGUCACUCAUCCGUCCAUCAGUAAUUAAUAAAGAACUAUUUUUCAAAAACAUCAACCUCACCCGACUUGACUUUCUCUGCGUUUGAUUUGACAAUGACAGCUGGCGUAAAUUAGCAGUUGCUUUACUUUUUCGUGUUACACUGGUAAUCGGAGGCUGUCAUUUCAUAUUUCAUCCAUGUCGCAUUCACAACGACAUCUUGCAUAUGCCAAUAAUACUGGAUAUUAUCCCGGUAGCGUUCCGGUGUAUAAUUCUGCCCGUUUUCCAGCGCUUACGCAGCCGCCGCCUAAUGCAGGCGUGAUUUAUCCUCCUUGUGCUGAACCUGAGGAUAGAUAUAAUGCACCCGGGCAUAUCGUGUAUCCUUAUCCGUGGACGGUUUACCAGUAUGGCGUCCCACCUCAACCGGCGCAGCCCGCAGUGUCGCCCGUUGAUUCCCAACCUCCCUCUGCGCCACCGACACCCGGCAUUAUCCGUUAUCAGCGCUACGCUGCUUCAUCGCCGCGGAGCAGCGUGGCCCCUCCUGUUCAGCAGUAUCCCCCGUCUGUGCACAUGCCAUUCCCGUCUUCCAUACAGCCGCACGAGAGCGGCGCUCAACGUACCGGUUCUGUGAUAAAUGGCCUCACGCCGUCCCCCGUGGAAAGUGUUGCCGAAGGGUCACUCAAAGACCAAUGCGAAGCAAUAUUCCGACAUCCGUUAUUCCCGCUUAUGCGGCUGCUGAUCGAGAAACUGGAAGAAGCCACUCUGACAUCUGUAACUCCAUCUCGCGAAGCGAUCAACAGUGAAUUGGAAGGUUUGGUUCGGAAAAUUCAACAAAAUCACUCCUCUGUCAACACCGGCAGUCCGGAUAUCGAUGAUUUAAUGACUCAGGGCGUUAAUGUACUCCGUUUGCAUUUAUUCGAGUUGGAAAAAGUAAAUGAACUAUGCCGGGACUUUUGUAAUCGCUACACUGACUGCCUUCGUCGAAACCUCCACACUGAUCAGAUACUGCGCGGUGAUGGCAUGGAUUCGGAUAAUUCCAAUGGCAGUUUUCCUCCUCCGAAUGUGGAGAGUAUCCAUUGUGCCAAUUUCCCCGUGACAUCGAAUUCCGCGCCUCGACCAUACGAAGUGGUCACUCCGCCGCAAGGAAUGGUGCCGCAUUCCAUGACGAGUCCACCGGUGCCUGCAGAGUCUUCAGUAUAUCGUAAUGAUCAGUAUCUCGGUAAUGCAGCGAUGUCCCCUGUUAGCGGUCACUCGCAUUAUGAUGAGGGAAGAAUGGAUCAUGAUCCCGAUGACCCAUCGAGUCCCAAAGGAAGCCGUUCGAAUCGGCGAGGAGUCUUGCCCAAGGAUGCAAUCAACAUCAUGAAAACGUGGCUCUUUCAGCAUAUUGUGCACCCUUAUCCAACGGAAGACGAAAAGCGGGUUUUGGCACUGCAAACGCAGCUGUCUCUGCUGCAGGUUAAUAACUGGUUUAUCAAUGCCCGACGGCGCAUUCUUCAGCCAAUGUUGGACUCUUCGAAUCCGGUAGGGCAUCGGCCUAAAAAGGGCAUGCAGUCACGCCCUGUUGAUCCGUUUUGGUCAGAAUCAGCUGCUCAGGCGCACUCAUCGUCCGCCACCUCGGAGAACGGAUCCGGUGCGGAAUACCGCGACACGGACACGGGCAAUGGAAGUGACGACGACGCCAGGGACGACGAGAGCGAUGACGACAAGUUUUCGCACGAAUUACAACAGCGUCGCUCGCAAGCUUCGUAGACAUUGCUAGACAGUAAUCAUUUCGGUGAUAUUUUUUGAACAUGACAUCUUUAUCAGCUCAAAUUGUGAUAAAUCUAUUUUUACUAACUCUUUCUUGUUGACGGUACGUUUGUUAAUUGUUGAGUUCUUAUUUGUCGGGUUAGGUAGUGGCUUAUAUACUCUUUGUUGGCUUUCUUUUAUGUGGUUGACGAUCGCAAUGGGCAGCUUUUUACAGAGAUUAAUUGCAUACUAACAAUAUUGUUUAGUAUUGUUUGUGAUGGUGCACAAUUUGUAGUUUGCCAGUUUUUUUUGUCAUGGUUAAUUUGCCAUAGAGCGCGUUACCCAAACGUACUCUGUAGUUCUUGAUAAUACUGAUUUAAAAUUUGCAGUUUUUGCUGCAUGGUG